AUGCUGUUCAAACAGUGGAACAAUUUCACCGAACCAAGACAUCAUUUAGAUGCACCUAUUGAUGAAAGAGAUGAGCUGGAUUCUUUAAAGAUUGAACCGUUUCCACAAGUUUCCUUAGCCAAAUCGAUUGAUUUUAGCGAUUUCAAGAGACUUAUAAUAGUGGGGAAAACUUUAGAACCGUUGUUUCCUCGAAACUUAGUUGCACGUCGUGAAGUGUCUGGCUUCAAAAUAACUUGGCACACCGAAAUUAACGAAAGUCAAAAAUUUCGCGAGGAUUUCCAAAGCGAAGAAAUUGCUGGAUCUAUGCGUGCUGAGCACACUUUGGAAUUACCUAUUGAGAGUUUUGGCCAAGACUCCCUGAUUUUAUGCAUUCACGAAAACUUUCUUCGCGUGUCUCCGAUAGUAUGGAACAUUUUGGGUUUUGAAAUUGCCAAGUAUUGCAGCGGACUGGAACUACUAGUAUUGGGUACCGCUGACACAAUACAAGAGAUUAAAUCCUUGGGUUUACCGGCUUAUGAUGCGAACCUACCGACGUUAAUACCUCCUGAGUUUAUCACGAGCUUCACGGCGAGCAUUUUAACGCAGCUAAUUGUACUAAAAGUGCCCUUUCAGGCACUCAUAGCACCCAGUGAGGGCCCGUCAGGGUUUGAGAAGUUACGCUUAACUACUAUGGAUCAGCUCAUCGACUUGUGCUGGCCUUUGUCUCAGACGCAUGCGAGAGAUGACUAUGCCAAAGCGUGCCAUCGCCAUUGGAAGCUUAAUGGGACAGCAAUGGGCGCGCAGGCAGGAUUAUACGUUUAA